AUGCAAACACCAUUGAAUACGCUCGACACACAAGAACCACUUGAUUAUGAUAAUUUAAAUAUAAUAACACGUCCACGACCACCACGUCGACGUCAAAGUGGUGUUUCAUUAGUACCAUUUCGUCCAUAUGUUAAAUGUUUACAAAGUGUAAGACAACCAUAUUCAUUUGCAAAUGGUUAUGAUAGAUGGAUGGUUAUGGGUAGAAAUGAAAUUUUUUUUACACAACCAAAUGCAAGAUGUAUUGGUUCAUUAAUUGAAGAUUGUGAUGUAUCAGAUGUUAUACGAUGGGAUAUCGAAGGAGAAUCAACACGUUUACCAAUGGUGUGUAAAUUAUGGAUGAUUGUUGAUGGAGCUGUUGUUGAAAGAGGAAAACCACAUUUAGUUCAAGAUGCAGCUGUACAAGUAUCUACAUCAGGUCGUAAUCUUCAUGCAAUAAUAUCAACACAACGACGUUAUAAUCAAACAACAACAACACUUGAUCGACGUCGUCGUCAUUCGUGGCAUGAUGUUAAUGAAUAUCAUAGUGUACCUUAUUAUCAAUAUACUCGUGCUAUUCGAAUAGGAUAUCAAAGAGGUAUUCAAUGUGAUAUUGAUAAUGAACAAUUAAUAAGUAAACAAGAAAUUCUUUCCGAAGUUGAAGAAACAGUUGACGAAAAUUUAAUAAAAGAUUUUAAAAAGGAAAUUGUUCAAGAAAAGAUACAUCAUCCAUCAAUACCACAAAAUCAUAUUCAUAUAUCUAUUACAACGCAAACAGAAUCUCAAUUUAUUAAUCGAUCAACAUCAAUUGAUUCUCAAUUUAUUCAUAUGUUUAAUCUUAAUUUAGAAACAAAUCAAUUACUUUUAUCAUCAAUUGCUAAUCCAUAUCGUCGUGCUAUAUCAUCAAAUUAUUCUUCAGAAAUAAUAUCAAUCUAUCGGAAUGGUAUUGAAUAUAAACAUCGAUCAGUAUCAACUGGUGAUGAUUAUCCACAUUGGUGGCUUCGACUUACUACAGAUUUUAUUUUAUCAGAUUUUAUUAAAAUUCAAAAUGAGGAGAAGGAGAACAAACCUUUACUUCCUCCUUCUCCUCGAUAUAAUCAAAGUGUACAAACAGAUAUUGAUGAAUCAAGAACAUCAUCAUCAUCAUCGAGAUCACAAUGUAUACAAAAAUCUUCAUCUUCAGCAGCAACAACAACAACAACUAAUCAUUAUGAAUUAAUUGAUGAAAUUAAUGCUAAAAAUUGUGCGAAACAAUAUUUACCAUUUUCUGAUAUUAGUCAAAGAAUUGAUUCUCAUCAUAAUAUAAAUUGUCGUUUAUGUAAUUAUCAAAUUAAAAAUUCAUCUAUUCAUGACUACGCAAAUAUUAAUAAACAAUCUGAAAAUGAUAAUAAUAUAUUUGUUUCAUCACUAAAUUAUGAUCAUCAAAAACAAUCAUAUUCAAUACCUGAUCAUCAUCAGAAUAAUCGAGUAACAUGUCAUUGUUUUUCAAAUGAUACAACACGAACACGAACAAAUAGUUCUGAAAGUACAUCAACAACAUUAUUAGCAAGUUUACUUGAACGUUAUGAAAGAACAUUACGUGAACGACAAAGAGCUAUUGCUAUUAUUAAUGAUGAAUUAUUAGAUAUCGAUGAUGUAUUAAAAUAUUAUAGAGAAAAAAUCUACAAUACAUCAUUGAAACAAUCAAAUAGGGAUAUGGAACUUUGUCGAGAUAUUUCAUUAUUACCAAAAGAAGAUCGAUCAUCAUCAGCAAUUAUUAAUAUAAUAAAGGAUAAAUAUCGAUCAAUGCCUGGAUUAACAAGUGAAGAAAUGAUUAAAGGAUAUAUGCCAUCACCUAAAGUUCAUAUUAAUAAAUGUUUAUUAGAUUUAUCAAAACAACGACAACCUCGUUUUCUAACUCCAUCAACAAUAUUAACACGACCUGAUUAUUGUGAUUUAUAUUUAACUGGUCAUAGAAAAAAUUCAUCAUGGAUUAGAUAUAAUGAACAAAAAAUUGAAGAAUUACAAAAACGAAUUGAUUUAAUGUUACAAAUUGAUGAUAUUGAAGAAGCUCAAUUAUUAUUAUCAUCAACACCAAUUAUUCCAACAACUGCUACGGUUACACAACGUAUUGAUGAUAUUCUUUUAAGAAGAUCAAAAUAUCGUAGUCUACCUCUCUAUGAUUACCAUCGUUUUUUAUCACCUCAUCGAUAUCAAUAUUAUUUACCUCAUCGAUUGAAUCAAUCAUUACCAAAUACAUCUCAUCCGUUAAAUCGAUGUACUAAACGUUCAACAACACCACUAUCAAAAACGGUUCGAAUAUCUACUCAACCCGUUCCACCACAUCAAUCAAGAUCUGUUUCUCAACCACUUGUAUCAAUAUUACGUCAUAGUAGUGUACCAGAUAUGUCUCGAUCGACUAAAUUAAUUGAAUCAUCACAUAUUUGGAAAAGUAAAAGUAAUGAUCUUAAAGAAUGUGAUAUUCCACGAUAUUAUCGAUUGUACAAUGAUGUUAGUUUUCGAGAAGUAUACAAUUUUUCACGUUUACUUGAUACAUAUUUGGCUACAAAUCGAAUAUCAACAAAAGAUUAUUCAUCAAUGAUUAAAAAGUUUGCAUUAGAACAACAAUUACCAUCUCCUAUAACAAGUGUUGCAUAA